GGUUUGGUAGCGUUGCCGUGCGGCGUGAUCUCUGCGCUGCCUGGAUGAAGGAAGCAGCUGCUGAUCUCUGACACAGUGCGAGAGAGACAGGCAUCUAUAUGAACAUACUGUAUACAGAAUCUCUGCCAUAUUGCUUAACAGGCACAGCGUGCAUGAAUACCCCCCUGGUUUAAUGGGUCCGAUAAUCGGGAUGUCGCCGGAUAAGAAAGCGGAAUCCCCGGGAGUGCAGGAGGAGCGGGCGGGGCUGCGGGGCCCGUUCGGGGCGGGGACGCUGCCCGAGGCCGAGGGCGCGGCCAGCCCGCGGGCCACCAGCCUGGACCGGACCGGCGCCGCGGCCGACGACGAAGAGCUCACCAACCUCAACUGGCUGCACGAGAACCUGCUGCAGAACUUCACGCUGGGCCCCGAGGCGCACGCCAGCGGGAGCCCCUUCUUCGACAUCGAGGGCGACGCCGGCGCCCCCCACGCCUUCUCCUCCCCCUCUUCCUCCUCCACCUCCCCCUCCUCCUCCUCGUCCUCCUCCCUGCUGGGCGGGAGGGCCGGGGAGAAGGACUCGCUCAAGGCCAAGCCCCCGUUCUCCUUCUCCCUGCUCAUAUACAUGGCCAUCGAGCAGUCGCCCGGCAAGUCCCUCCCGGUCAAGGACAUCUACGGCUGGAUCCUGGAGCACUUCCCGUAUUUCUCCAGCGCCCCCACUGGCUGGAAGAACUCGGUGCGCCACAACCUGUCCCUGAACAAAUGCUUCCGCAAGGUGGAGAGGAGUCUUGGCAAGGCCAACGGAAAGGGCUCCCUGUGGUGUGUGGACCCUGAGUACCGGCCCAACCUCAUCCAGGCCCUGAAGAAACAGCACUUCCCCACCGCACACGUCUUCUGCACACCGCCCGCCUCCCCACCCAGUGCCUCCUCCCCGCCGCGCCACCUCUUCCUGCAGGACCAGAGCUGCUCCCUCAAAGAGUCUGACAUUGACGCGGCCGCUGCCAUGAUGCUCUUAAACUCCGCCCACGGGCAGCGGGCACACCCAUGCGACCCGGACCGGCCCAUGGACCUGUCCCGGCCGGACUCGGUCCUGGUGAGCAGCGACCCGAAACAGGACCACAACUACAGCAGCGCCCCCUUGCAGCGCUGCGCCUCCCACUGCAGCUCCUCCUCCCUGUCCUCCCUGGAGGAGGGCGGUCGGGCCGCGGCCCAGGCGCGCCGGGCGGGCAGCGAGGGUUUCCACAGCGACGAGGACUCGGACGGGGCGGAGGAGCGGACCCGGGCCCGGCCCCCGCCCCCGCCCCGGCGCCCCGCGCCCCCGGGGAAGAAGAGGGCGCGCAGGGACCCCCGGCAGGAGGAGGACGAGGAGCUGAAGGAGGCGGCCGGCUCGCUCCUGCACCUGGCUGGGAUCCGCUGCCUGGAGCUCUCCAAACACGGAGCCAAGAGCAGGAAACUCAGCAGGAAAUGAGCGCGAGCCCCCCCCCUGACCCCCGACCCCCUGACCCCUGAACCCUGUGACCUGGUGCCUCCUCCUGCUCUUCGGUUUCGUGAAUCAUCGUUUUUUUCUGUUCCUGGGAUUUCUUCUGAUUAAAAAAAAAAAAAAAAGGAAAGAAAGAAAAAAAAGUUAUUCUCCAAACAUGGGAAUAUCGCUCCCCUUCACUCUCUGCAAUAUUUUUCCGACAGGAGAACAGCCAUAUCCAGACUUCUGAUCCCGGGGAGAAAUCAACCACACCUUCACACAAAUAACUGCCAACUUCAACAUCUUGGUGCAAUUCAGAUUUUUUAAAAAUUAUGAAAUGACAAAAAGACAAAAAAAAAAAAAAGCUGUAGGAAUUUCAUUAAUAGAACAGUUGCAUGCUUCCUACUCAAACACGUGUGUCCACUUCCAGAUGAAAUAUUUCUACAGAGAACGAGUGCAUGUCUGUAACAUACAAACCCAAGCUCCUGUAGGCUAACCCACCUUCCUCCUCCAUGUUGGGAAAAAAUUAAAAAGGAAAAGAAAAAAAAAGAAAAAAAAGAAAAAAAGUUAACACUGUUUUUGAAUAGAAGACCCUGGUCUUAAAAUACCAUACAAAGAGAAAUGCAAUAAUUAUUCCAAAACCUUUUUUUGUACAAUUGUUUUUCCUGAUGGACACAUGGGGUGCGGAUGUGACGAUGUUUGGGCCUUUGUGAUUGGCCCACAAGGAUCUGGGAAGCAGGAUUGGGACAGAGUGGUGGGGGUCACCAGAUGAACACCCCCUCCCCUUCCAUGUGUGAUAACUUGGGAGUUUUUAAGAUGAUCCCACAUAAGGCCUGAGGAUAUGGGAACAGAAGCAGGACUGUAUAACUGGCCCCUCCAGUCCCCCCCCCCACCCCCGCUCUUGGUCACCCUCCUCUUCAUCCCUCUCCCCGUUGUCUGUCCCUGUCAGCGUUAUCUCCAUCCUGAGUUCUUCUGUGUCCGUGUGCAAACUGAAACCGGAAUUUGCGGCAGACUUUUAUUUUGGGUUUCAUUUGGUUCAGAUCCUAUGCAAGGCUGAGCGCAGGGGGCGGGAGAGGGGGGUGGAGUGCGUGCGUGCGUGCGUGUGUGUGCGUGUGUGUGUGUGUGUGUGUGAGUGUUUGGGGGGGCAGUAUUUAGCCGAAACUCCCCGUGUGUCAGGGCUGUGCCAGCAUUGGUGGAGGAGAGUGGGGGGGCACUGCUAGUCUGGCCAAUCAGAGGCAGAGGGAGCCUGGCCAAUAGGAAGCCUGGCGGUCGGGAGGGGAAGGCAGGCAGUGAGGCCCUGACGGGAUGCUGCUCACGCACCUUCACCGUCAUCUUCAUCACCGUCAGCGGUGACGCGUGGGGGCUACGUCGGUAUCGAGGGCGACCGGUAAAAAAAAAAACCUCUUGACACGGCGAGAGAGACGUAGCCUGUGCCAUUUUAGGCUUCUUCCGAGCUGACGACCGGAGCGCACGUUAGGCGAGGAAAGAAGUAUGCAAAUACCGCAAAACGCCCGGUGGGCCCGUGCUCUUUACCUAGGGAAAUGACGGCAGGAUGAAGGGCCGCUUCUGGAACAUUCCCGCCUGGCCUAUUUCACACACGCUGCUCGCCUAGCCUCCCAAGCUUAGCGUCGUCCGCAGUGUGUAUAUCCCCUCCGCUAAUAUUCAAAUGCAGAAACGCUUUUACAGGAGAGAGAGAGAGAGAGAGAGCGAUGCACGGUGGUGCCUCUUCAGUCCCAGCCAGGCUCAUAGGGGGUGGGUCCCCUGGAUUAUUGUCAGAUAGCGCAGGAAACGGGUUGAGGAGGAGGCCGGAGUCGGGCGGAAGGAGCGUGACGCGUUCCGCGCUUGUUGGCCGAGGGGGCCUGUGUUUAUCGGCAGAUGACCGAGCUGAGUGUCUGUGGAAAGUGUGGGGUGAAUCACAGGAAGCCGCAGAGCUGGGGGGGAAUUUGUGAGGGACUGUACCCUGUCUCACUCUUCCUCUUCCUCCCUUCUUAGCUUGACACGUCUGCAUGCGUAGGCCCAGUGUGGCCCCCGGUGUGGCCCAAAAAACCUGUUCUUAGGAUUUUAAACCCCUCUUGGCGGUGUGACCUGCCAGCAGUUGCACAGAAUAUGAACUCAAAGCUAACGAACACAGCGAUAGGUUUUUUACAGGUGUUAUUUAUAGUUUCCACUUGCAUGCUACAAAACACAUUGCUAAAAUAAUAUGGUUCAUACAUGUGCCAAACCUGUAAAUAUCCACCAGUGCCAGGGAGCACAUCGGGCUAGUGUUUCUAAAGACCAUGAGUGAACAUCAGUAUUUAUUUGGUGAGGGGAAAAAGUAUGUCUUCCUCAGUAGUCUCUUCACUGUUUGGGUAGGGCCUGGGUGGAUGUGCCAAUCGGAGUCUGUCCGAUUCCACAUUUCGCCGAAAAUCUGGGGUCUGUGAUCAGUAAUGGCCCACUCUGUCUGCAAUCGAGCCUUGAACCAAUCAAAGCUGUUCACCCACCUGCCAAUCGAUAGCCAGAAACUUAGAGCACAGCGUGUGCAGUUCAUUCAGCUUGUUUAUGUCAGAGAGGCCAAACAAACACCAAUUCUGCGGUCUGGUCGUGUGCCCUGUGUGGACUGACCUCUUCCUCUGUACCUCUUUAUAUCCCUCUCUCCCUCCUUCCUCCUGUCCACUGAACACAGAGCUGAGUGUGGAGUUGUGUGUGUCAGGCAGACCUGUUUCCUGCCACAGACCAGUAUUUUUCCUCUGAUGUGUGAUGAUGUCGGCGAUGAUAUCAGUGAUGAUGUCAGUGAUGAUGUCAUGCGCGUAUUGCAGGUUCUUUCCGGUCAUUAGCCCACUCCCUGACGAGCCCGUUCUCAGCUGUGCUUCUUUACAGUUCAGUGCAGCACGUGGCGCAUCCACAAAUCAGUGCCAGAACCCAAAAAAGGAUCUUCAUUCAUUUACUCAGAGCCACUUCCUGUUUGGCACCAGUGUGUGGAUGUACCGUGGACUGUCUUAACCGUAUUCUAAUAACCCUGGUCCCAGGCAUGCUGUAAUAACUCUUCGCCAGAGUAUACCUUCUGACAGAUUUAUGCUUAUAGACUGCCAUUCCCACCGUCUAGCAAAAGGUCAAACUUAGGACACGAAGGUGUCUGGAUCGUUAUCGGUGAUUAAUUUAUGCAUUAGCCGGCGUUUUUCAUUGUGUAGUUUAUUUAUAUUUAGUGUAUUUAUGUGAAGCAGCCACCGAUCACUGCCUUGGGUGUCGUGCCUGCGCACGGAGGCAGGCGUCGCGCCCCGGAGAAGCCGCGCGCGAUCGACAGGGCGGUCGCGGUCCGUCAGGAGAGUCCACCGCGAGGGAAACAGCCCUUUAGAGCCCGGAGAGCCGACCCGGAGGAGGUGCCGUUCGGCAGUCAGCCGUUGGCUGCUCCAGGCCGAUAAGCCUGCCACGCCCGCUGAGGAGGCACUGAUACAGCGAGGGGCUGGUUGGGGCCGGAGAGCCUGCUCUUUACAGCGCGCUGACUCUCCCCAGAGCGUCCCCCCCGCAGCGCGGCGCCUAUCAGAUAUCCCCGCUCCACUCCGCGGUUAUUACCCACCGCGAUGCAUACCUUUCCUGGUGUCGGCGCUGAAAAUAAAGCACGUCUGUUUCCGUCAGCGCUUCCAGUUUGGCACCGAUUGGCCGGUGCGUCGGGCGCGGUCCGGACCCCGCGUUAACGGCCCAGCUGCGCGUGACGCCGGCGCCGCGGCGGGUGUCUGAGAGCGCUCUCCCCGCGUGUCCCUUCGGCCUGCGUCCGGGUCACGCUCCCGCUUCUCAGGGGUGUGAGACGCGGAGAGCUCAGUGGUAGUGCGUUAGUACAAUAACCCCCCCCCCCCAUAGAAACGCUGUGAGGCGCUGUGAUCCCCCCCUGGACGACGGGCGAGUCGCAGAGACCGACGCUCCCUGCUUUUCGGUAUUUAUUGCACGCCGGGCCCCAGUAGGCCUGUGUGAAAAUCCAGAAUGCCAACACUCUACCUGUUUAAGCUAAGAUGUAGCAAAAUUUUAGGUGGUAGAAGGGUGUUCUGUAGAUUUUGUUUUUUUUUUUGUUUUUUUUUUGUACUAUAGAUUUUUAAAAAGAAUACAAUUAUGUGAGAAUCCGGUGAGUAAAUGUGUAAAGCGGAUUUCUGGCGAGCGGGUGAGGGGUAUUAUGGGAUGUCCACAAUAACAGGUUCUCUCCUGAGUGUGCAACUAACCAGAGUCCCUGUACCAGUGACAGUAUUCUCAAGGAAACAUGUCCAGACUGGCUUAGUGAUAAUAUAGUUGGUUUAUUAUUUGAGUGAUUAAACAUUGCAGACAGAUUUUUAAAUAAUGACAUCAUUAUUAUUAUGAUUAUUGUUAUUAUGACGAUUUUUGUCACAAUGAACUAAAAGCUGCCAAUCCAGUAUCAGUUUGCGUGAGUUGUCUGCCAUGUCUGUUAGACAGACACACCUUUGUGUUUUUUUGUAUGCUAACCUCUGUUAAUAAAAUGUUUAUAAAGUUUAUUUUCGCCAAAGAUAUGCAAUUGCAUUAUAUAUGGUAUUACUGAAUUAAAGAUGUUCUUGUUUUA